GAAUGUUCCGCAUAGUAACUUUUAGUAUUCCCAGAGAGACCGUGCCUGGUCUUGCCCGUCUCGACUCUGCACCAGGCCGUCCUAACUCUUGUGGUUUGCCCGCAUAUUUUUCUCCGAGUUGUAACCUUCGCCAGAAAAUAGAAACGAAUAGAAUGGAUGAUGAUCCAGGUGAUCCCGUGGACAGCAGCUUUGCUGCCAGGUUCUUUGAGGAAUUACGUAGCAUGAGAUCUGAGGGUCUUCUGGUGGAUGUGACCCUGUGUGUAGAGGGGAAGGAGAUCCCCUGUCACCGUGUGGUUCUCUCUGCAUGCAGCAACUACUUCCAGGCCAUGUUCAGUGGAAACCACAGUGAGAGCAAAAAGGACAAGAUAGAGAUGGGAGGGGUGAGUGCAGAGGCUCUUCGGCUGUUAGUUGACUACGCCUACACGUCUAAAAUCAACAUCAACAAAGACAACGUCCAGUCCCUGUUCGUAGCCGCCAACAUGCUCCAGUUCAUGCAUGUGGAGAUGGCUUGUGAAAAGUUUCUAACAGUAAACCUGAGUGCAGACACAUGCAUGGCUACCUGGGCACUGGCAGAAAAGAUGUUCUCUGAAGAGUUGGCUGACACAGCAAGACACUGUGCCAUCAAAAAUUUAGAAGAAGCGUGCAAGACUGAAGAGUUUCUUCAGCUUCCCAUCUACGAGUUACAGAGAUAUAUCUCAGAUGUUGAGCUUCAUGCAAAGAAAGAGGAGCAAGUUUUGGAGGCAAUCAUGCUCUGGACAAGACAUGACCUUAAAGAACGACAAAGAGACCUCAAGGAUCUUCUUCAGUGUGUCUGCUUCUCACGCAUUGACAAAAACUACAUAAAGAACAUUUUGAAGGAAGACAAAGUGUUGGCUAAAGUUCCUGGGGUGAAGAAGCUAACAAAAGACAAAGCUUUGCAUCAAAACCUUCGCACAAUCACUCAAAAUGACAUUCUGGUUCUCGGUGGUGUGAAAGACCACUACUUGGCGGGGGAUGUCGGUAUGAAUGACAGUGUUUACAGACUGGAGCUUGAUUCCAAUUGUGUUGACAGUAAUCCGCUGCCACAGCAAAUACAGGAAAGUGUGGGCUUUGCGGCCUGCGUUCUUAAGGACGACGUCAUUGUGACGGGUGGAAAUAAAUCCCUCCGCCAAGCAUGGAGGUACAAGCCAUCACAGAAGUCUUUGAUGUGGCUGGGAUCCUUAAACAAAGGCAGAUGGCGGCACGGGAUGGCAGUUUUGGAGGGAAAGGUGUACGUCGCUGGCGGUUGCAUCCGAGUGGAUGAUGAUGUAUGCAUACUAGCUGAUGUCGAGGUGUACAACGAGAGAACCAACCGUUGGAGGAAGGCAGCCCCACUUCUAAAGGCAGUGUGCAACUUUGGCUUGACCAGUUGCUGUGGAAAACUCUACGCAUUCGGCGGAGUUGUUGAUCCCACCACGCACAUGAAGACGGACUCCCUUCAGUGCUACGACCCCUCCCAAAACAAGUGGGUGUUCAAAAUGCGGAUGCCGACGGCAAUGGGGAACAUCAAAGCCUGCACAGUCAACGACGAGAUCUACUUGGUUGGUGGACCUUUGGAACGGGCUAUGCGAUUCCAGCCCAAUGAAGACUCCAUGUGUUACGAGGACAUGGCUGAUAGGCUGGCCCCGUGGGACCACUGUAGUGCUACGGUGUGCGGCAGGGAGAUCUACAUCACGGGCGGACAGACAGAACCAGAAAUUGUGGAGCUAAAUCUGUCCGAACAUUCACCAAACCUAAGAUUUCUGCAUUUGGAUAACCAUGCAACGGUCCAGUGCUUUGACACCAUCCUUGACACCAUGGUCACCAUUAAAGAUCUACCUUUAGCACUGGAUGGACACUGCACUGUAACUAUAGCCAAAGACUCAAACUAAGCCUAUCAAUAGCAAUGCUGUUGAACAUGUCUAUGUAGCUGACUGUUUUGUAGAAAGACCGGUCGUUUACCGCAAUUAUUUGUGAAUGUAGCUGGAUGUGACUGUAUGUAACAAAGGCAGCACAUACUAGUAGGUCAUAGGCCAUGUACAGCCCAUCUCAACACAUACAGCUACUCAAUGUUUUUGUCAUGGGGGAUUCUGGCAUACAGGCAUGUGCAGGUAUAUGCUGCCAGGGAAAAUAUCACUUUGUAACCCUAUUCAUGGUUUUUAACUGCAUGCACAACUAGAUGCUUUUUUUGGUAAUGUGUCAAAGGGAAAGGAAUUUACUAAAAGUUCUUGUCUAGACUAGAGUGACCAUGCUUGAUUCAUGUCCAAUCCAAAUGAGUCAAAUCAUAGUUCAUGGUAGAAUACACCCAUGAUACAACUCCGGCACUGCUUGCGCAAUGGUAACAGUGAAAAGGAACAAAUGGUGGCAGACAGAUUGGAACAAAAUUAUGUGGAGCAUCUAAGUAAGGGAUCCUUUCUGUCAUGGAGGAACAGUUCAUGUCUUCUAAAUUUUGACAUCAACUUGAUAAAGUAAUAAGUAGUUGAUAAGAUAAUUCGUUACUUAUCAAAUUAGGAUCUUUUUAUACAUUUUACAUUAUCUUAAUAUGUAAAAACUUAACAUGUAACACUUGUAUAAAUGUUUUGCAAACUAUACUGACAUAGUUUUUUUAGUGCUUUUUCGUAGGAAUUCCCUUUUUGGUAUACAUAUUCAUAUACUUACAUAUCUAUCAAUAUCUUCUAGUUUACUACAGUAGGAAAUGAUGUUUUUUCAUCUCACAUUGAUGUAGAUUUAGAUUCUUUAGUAGAGUAUGUUUGAUUAAGAGACUGGUGUUAUAACUUGGAAUAACAUAGCUCCUGAGUAAGCUAUCAUAUAAGCAUGGUGCAUACUAUUAAUAAAUUUAUUGAU